UUAAACUCAUUUGGUAUAGUGUUCGUCGUUAGUCUAAGGGGUUAGUCGAAAUUUGAUUUAUAUUGCAUGUUCAGAAUCAAUACAAUACAAAAAGGAGAAUAAGGGCUCCUCUCAUGCUUCCACGUCACCUUUUUUAUUCCACGUCUGAUGGGCUGAUGGGCUAGCUUAUUUUUUUUCCGUUAUGCUUGGCCCGUAAGCCCGUAGCUUUAGAGAAACGAGAGAGACGCAUCGAUCCAUCCGUAACCCUUAUCUUCUUCUCUCUCGCGCAAGACUGGAAUCUCCCUCUGAGCCCUUUCAUCUUCUUCCGUUGUCUCUCUCAACUUUGUCUGCAAACACAAUUUUUUUCUUUCAACUUCUCACCUUCAUUAACGCUCAACGAGGUUCAACACAUCCUUCUAAAUUCCCUUGAUUAUUGUGAUUGUCAUUCGACACGGAGGAACCGACCUCCUACGCCUUCGUUUCAUCUCCAUGUUCAAGGUAGGGACAACCACAUCACCGUGCUCUACUUCGACACGAAUGUACCGAUCCCCUCCGGCUCAUGAUGAAUCCCGUGCUCAACCAUCUUUUCUAUGGAUUUCUUCAAAUCCAAGUACAUAUCUUCUGGUCUUUGGUAUAUAUUUUAAUUUUCUUGAGUCUUUGUGAUGAUUUAAUUGAUUUUCCAUGAAAUCAUUUGUGGUUAAAGAGGAGGAUGAGACGCUGCGUGGAGGUGGCUAAGGGUCGUUGGCAUUUUUACCUUUGGUAACGGUGGUGGAAGCUCCAGAAGAUGAUGUUAUAGGAGUUUGUUGAUAUGAUGAGAAGUAGCUCUUUAUCUAGAGCCUUCAAUCUGUUUUUUUUUUUUUCCAAUCAGUAGGAAGAAAGGAGGCUGCAAAGCUUUAGAAAAGUACUUUCAAAUAAUUGUAAUGACGGAGGCAAUGUACAGGAGUCUAACUUUAUUUGCAUAGAGUAAAUUUUAUUAAAAUUGAUCUAAUUGGAGAAUGGAUUUGGUCGCGAUGGUGAGAAUGUUUGGAUUUGAAUUUGAAUUUGCAUUCAGCUUCCUGAGUGUAUAAUUGAACAUUAGGAGUUUUUUUUGUAUUGGUUUUAUUGAUAGUAUGAUCUUGCUGAUGAUUAUGGUUUGUUGUUCUCUCCACAGACAGCUGUUAGUGCUUUAUAUUCUCAGCUCAAAGAGCUCCAGAAGAAGGAUGCAGACAUGAAGGAGCGUGACAAAAUGUUGUACUCAAAGGUACUUCCUUUUCUUUGCAGGAAAACAGAUCAUGUAUCUUUUAGAUCCCCUUUUUGGUUUUAUAUAUAUCCCCCUUCCAAAUAUAUGAAGCAUUUUAUAUCACAAAUGCAGGGGGACACUGAUUCUACGAGUAAGUUAAUUGGUUAUUGUAUGUGUGUUCAUGCAUUCAUAUACUUAAGCUAUCUGAACACUGUAUAUUUAUAUAGGUUGGUUGCUAGAGACACUGAUCUUCCAUUGGCAGCAACACUGCUGAAAGCAUAUGCAAAGGUUGAGCCUCUGACAAUAGCUGAGCUCAAUUAUUUAUUAUCACUGCUCCAUCCCAGGACAUUGACUUCAUAUGUACCGGGAGAGUUGCUCGCGUUGACAUGGACAAAGGGUGGUGUUAUGCUGCAUGCUCCAAAUGCAGUAAAACUGCAUCACACUGUCUCCUCUAUUGCGUUUGUGCGAUGCGACAAUGCUCAUGCUGUCGGGACUUUCCGCUAUCGCGUGGAGACGGCCAUUGCUGAUGGUACUGCUGAAGGUGCAUUCUUUUGUUUUGAUGGUGUAGUGACGAAAUUACAUAGCCUCAGAGCAAGUGAAGCUGGUCAAAUGCUGGUAAGAUACACGUCUGUCUCCUUACGUGUUUAUCAUCUACCAAGUACUAACACAUCUACAAAACUUCCUGUGCCAAAUAGGCUGAAGGAGUAAACCAUGAGGACUUUAAGAUGCCUCCAUUUACUACCCAUAUAGAAGCAAAGUCAUACACUUUCCAAUUCAGUGUUAGUACAUAUAACUUCACAGCAAUCAGACAUUCACCAUCACGCUCAUUCUCGAUGAACGUGACUGUGUGCCAGUCUCUGACGUUGUCGACAACGUAAGUAUAAUGAGUAUUAUGUUGUUUCGCUAUUUACAUUUGAAUGUAUGUAUGACCAUCUGGUUGGAACAGAUAGGUAGCGAUGAUGAUGGGGACGACAUGCCAGAUGGCAAUCCAAUUCGUGUUAAGGUGGAAACUGGAGGGAGCAGUGGCGAGGCACCGUUCAAUGCUGAUACAGAUCCAGUUGGUGUGCGCAGAAGAAGACGGCCAACUCAUCUUCCGAGGUGGUUAAGAAGACGUGUGUGGCUUGAGAUAGACUAGAAAGAACUAUAAACACACUACUCAAAAUUUAAAUAAUGCUUAUGCAUCUUCAUUUCCUUUCGCGUAUUGGUUAUCUAUGUUUUUGUCUUUCUCCAAUUUUUGGGUACUAUAUUUGUCAUACAAUCUUCCUAAUAUGAGUUAUCUACCUAUUAACUUUC